UCAUUUAAUUAAUUGCAGAAUAAUUAGACUCGCAAUGGCAAUGAGAUUUCCAAGCUGCUGGGCGCCAUUUCAGACACUGAGCGCAGCCCCGCCGAGGGUUGCAUCGCGCUCUGUUCGGAAAGGCACGCGGCUAGCGGUUGCGAUCCACGGGACGCGCGUUCCCCCCCGUGCUCAGGCUGUUGUUCCCCGCUCACCCAAGGCUCGGCGGCGCGGCGCGGCCGCUGACUGCGCGCUCCGUGACGGCGGCGCCGGGAACUCCCGUAGGCGGGGGGAAGGGGCGGAGCAUGGCGCGCGCAGGGGAUUCCCCCGCCGCCCCGCGCGGAACGUUCGGGAUUGUUCCCGUGACGUCACCACACGGGAGCUCCCGCCAGCGGGGGCGGGGGCUGGGUCGCACACCUCGGCGGCGGCCAGGGAGCCCCGCCCCGGGCUCCCGCGGGGUCGCGCGGCGGCUCUCGCGAGGUUUGAUCGCGCGGAGCGUUGCUGCUCGGAGCGGCGCCAUUUUGGGAGCGAGGCGAGCGGCAGUUUGCGUUACGGAGAGCCCCAGGUGUCGGAGUCUUUUGCCUCAGCUGUUGGCGUUGGGGAGGAAGAGCGGUGGGAGCCGAUCUGCCGCAGCCGCUUCCUUUCAAAGCGGAGAAACGCCGGGCGCUGCUGGGGAUUGUUUGUCCGAGUGUUUCCUCCUGAACAGGCUUCAGAAACAGUCAGCGGACGGCGCAGAAACGACUGGGAAUUCUAAGUCUGAGCUUUCUCUUUCUGGAAGUGCAGAGGAUCUCACCCUCGGACACUUGUGUGGAUGGCAUGGAUAUACGGCUGAGUUUAUCAAGUUUGGAAUGCUUUUGCUGUCCAAAUAAAGUGCUUUUAGGUUUUCAGGCA